CACUGCUUACAACCUAUAAACCACUGCCGGAUGACGGAAAAUCCUUCUUGAUAUCCAGCAGCGCCAAUGGAGGCAUGAACGCGGGAUUACAGCCGUUCGUCGUGUCUACAAUUGGAUGCAAGAAUGACGAGGUUGUAGAGGACUUUCCGUAGAAUUCAUCAACUGGCAAGAUUUUUAAGAACGUAGCCUGCGUAUUUUGGUGCCUCAGCAGUCAGGAUGGCUGUGCGCCAGGUGGUGCUGCUGGUGUCGGUGCUGUUCUGGGUCGGUUCCCAUGGCGACACUGAUGGAUCAUGGGAUGAGAUGGGAGGAUGGGACGUGGACCUCACAGAUGACAAGUGCUGUAAAAAGGAGAUCCUGUGUCCCAUCAACGUGUACUUCGUGCUGGACACCUCUGAGUCGGUGGCUCUGCUGGAGAAGCCUCCAGGCGUAGUGGUGCGCAGCCUGAAGGACUUCACCAAGUACUUCGCCGUGCGCCUGAAGGACGAGACCUUCAACGGUGUCAAGAUCAGCUGGAGCAUGGGCGGCCUACACUUCUCUCAGGAAAACAAGGUCUUCAGCAGCAUCACAAACAGGGACGAGUUCCUGCGCUCGAUCGACCGGCCGAGAGCCAUCGAGUACUUUGGCAAGGGCACGUAUGUGGACUGUGCCCUUGGCAACAUGACGGAGCAGCUGGAGCGCCACCAGUUCCCCCUGAAGACAGUCAAGUUCGCCGUGGUGGUAACCGACGGCUAUGAGACGGGCAGGCCCUGCAACGGGAUCAAGGCCGCGGCCGAGAGGGCCAGGGACCAUGGCAGCCAAAUCUUCUCGGUCGCCGUGUCAGACAACAAGUUCGAGGGCGGGUUGAGGGAAAUCGCCAGUUCGCCGGUGGAGCUGUUUCGGGAUGAGUAUGUAGCUGUGGAUACGCCACGGAGCACCAACAUUCACAUGCCGACCAUCGAGAGGAUUAUCAAGACAAUGAAAUUCCGUGCCUUCCAGGAGUGUUUCAAGCCCCAGUGUGUGGAACUGGAGGGCCCUCCAGGGCCAAAAGGACACAGAGGGCCAAAAGGACAAAAGGGAACCAUUGGAGCAGCUGGAACAAAAGGUCUUAAGGGAGCAGUGGGUGACCCAGGAUUAGAGGGCCCCAUUGGCCCACCAGGUCCAAAGGGAGAAACAGGAGCAAAAGGAAUGAAGGGUGACAUUGGAGACCAAGGACAAAAGGGUGCAGGAGGACAUCACGGGAGGAACGGAACAGAUGGCCAGAAGGGCAAGAUUGGCCGUAUCGGCGCCCCAGGCUGCAAAGGAGACCCAGGAGACAAGGGAUCAGAUGGCUUUAUGGGAGAGGCAGGUGACCCUGGACAAAGAGGACCUAAAGGAGCAAAGGGGGAUGGUGGACGCCCAGGCAAACACGGACCACCCGGCCCGCCAGGAGGCAUUGGAUCUAAAGGGGAAGUUGGAUUGCCAGGAAAAGAUGGCCGACCUGGAGAAAAGGGACCGCCGGGAGGACCAGGUGGAAAAGGACCCAAAGGAGAAGCGGGAAGACAUGGCUUUACAGGACCGAAAGGCAAAGAAGGCCCGACUGGACCCAGGGGCGAAAAGGGGGAUCCAGGGCCAGAGGGGCCGAGAGGAAGUACUGGAGGAAACGGAGCUAAAGGAGCCAAGGGCCACCAUGGAUUACCAGGACCCAGAGGACCUCCAGGAGCCAACGGAGCUCCCGGCACCCAGGGGCCUCCUGGGGGUAUUGGAGAUCAGGGUGUCAGUGGAACUGUUGGCCCCCCAGGACCACGGGGUGACCGCGGAAGAAACGGCUUCAACUACCCCGGCCCAAGAGGACCUACGGGCGACCCGGGUGAGAAGGGGAAGUCGGGGCCUCGGGGAGGCAGGGGAGACUGCGGGACCAAGGGGGACCCUGGCCUCAAAGGGGAGACGGGAGACAAGGGUGAACCAGGGCCCCAUGGCCACCCAGGCUCCAGAGGACCUCCAGGGGACCCCGGAUCUCCUGGGUACACAGGACCUGAAGGGGACCCUGGACUGAAUGAAUGUGACGUGAUGAGCUAUAUUAGAGAGACGUGUGGCUGCUGUGACUGCGAGAAGCAUUGUGGUGCUCUGGACAUCGUCUUUGUGAUCGACAGUUCGGAGAGCGUUGGCCUGACGAACUUCACCCUGGAGAAACACUUUGUGAUCAACACCAUGAACAAGCUGGGAUCCAUGGCAACAGACCCACAAUCACCCACAGGAACUCGCGUGGGAGUGGUGCAGUACAGCCACAACGGCACCUUUGAGGCCAUCCAGCUGAAUGACCCCAACAUCAACUCGCUGUCGGCCCUGAAGAAGGCCAUCAAGGACCUCAAGUGGAUCGCCGGCGGCACCUGGACCCCCUCCGCCAUUCAGUACGCCUUCCAGAAGGUCGUCCAGGCCGGGAGACGUGCCGCCUCCAAGGUCACCGCCGUGGUCAUCACUGAUGGCCGAUACGACCCCAAGGACAAGCCGGAGCUGCUGCGCUCGCUGUGUGACGGGGGCGUGGACGUGAUGGCGGUGGGGAUCGGGGACAUGUUCCAGCAGCCUCCAGACACCACGGACCCCACGCUGCUGACCAUCACCUGCGGAAACGGACAGAACAUCAGGAACAUGACCAAGUUCACCAACCUGGUGGCCGAAACCUUCAUCCAGGACGUGGAGUCAGUUCUUUGUCCAGAUCCAAUAAUUGUCUGUCCGGAUCUGCCAUGUCAAAAAGAGGUGGCAGUGUCUCCUUGCGUGGACCGCCCCACGGAUUUGGUCUUCAUGGUGGACGGUUCGGAGCGUCUCGGCGUGGAGAACUUCGAGCGUGUACGACGCUUCAUCGAGGGCGUGGCGCAGCGCCUCCCGAUGGCCACUAGCGUGAACGACACCCUGCGUGCGCGCCUAGCCGUGAUGCAGUACGGCGGUGCCCAGCAGCACCAGGUGACCGCCGGCCUGACGCAUGACCUUCAAGAGCUUUCCCGUCGCCUGGAGGACAUGCGCUACUUGGACGCCUCUUCCGACGUCACGUCCGCCAUCACGCACGCCGUCAGCUCCGUGCUCUACGCCCGCGACCCCCGGCCGCGGCGGCAGACGCGCCGCGAGGCCGAGAUCCAGUUUGUCUUCGUGACAGACGGCGUGACAGCGUCCGAGGGGCUGCGGGAGGUGUUGGGGGUCAUGCGCAAGGAGCAGGUGGUGCCCGCCGUGGUCGCCAUUGGCAACGAGGUGGACAAGGAGGUCGUCAUGGAGCUGGCAUUCAAGGAUGGCAACGCGGUGUUCCGCGGGCCAGACUACAGCCACCUGUCAAGGCAGGACUUCUUGGACCGGUUCAUCCGGUGGGUGUGUUAAUGGGAGGAAGGGGGCGGGGCUUUAAUUCGCUGUUUACACGUACAUGGAUAUUUUUGUAAAUGCAGUUUGGGCCUCUUGAUGCAAUUAAACAGAAUUUUAGAAAUUUCCUCAUAAACCUUUGAAAAUAUACGUUUUAGGGAGAUAAAACGCACCCGUCAUAAUGGUGCUUUUAUUCUUAUCCUCAUGGCGUGUCUAUACGUAAAAGCAUAAAAAAUAUCUGGGUUUACAAAUAUCCGUCCGUAUACGUGUAAUCAGCACCUAAAGGGGGAGGAGUAUAUAUGCUGAUUUUAUAGACCAGAGAACAAGUGUCACUCACUCAACACAAUUCAGUAUUAAAAUAAUUAUUAUGCCUGUUAGUUUGUCAUGGUGCUUUUUAGAAUACAUAAAUCGAGUUUUAAAAUGGUACAAUUGUUGUCUGCUCUAAAUAGCAUCUUCAGAGCACUAGGUAUGGUGUCUAAUGUGCAGCCUUGUUCGAAUGGGUUUAGGGAAGAUGCAAUUUUGAAAGUAAUAUUUUUUUAAAGAUAACUUUCAUUGUCAGUAAAUAAGUACUGUUUAGAGCGACUAUACUAGCAAAUAUUUUAUUUCUUCUUGAGUGAUACUUGUUGCCUGUACUAUAUGUUGGCCUUUACAGCAAUAGUUUCCACUACCACUGGUGCUUUAUUUUUUUUGAACAAAGAUUGUUUUUUUUAAUCAUGUGACUGCUUCCUAUUAUUCAUUCCCUUAGUACUGUAUGGUAAUACUGAGAUUAAUGCAUCGUUUGUUGGUUGUUGUUUUAACACGUUAUCAUGUACAAGGCAAUUUUGAGCAAUUACAUGCAUUGAUGACCCCAAUUUCAAGCCACUUCUGUCAGGAUAAUAAUUUAAUAUAAAAUUCAUAAAAUAUGAUUCCCUAUGAUUUAUUGAUGUUACCAGAAAGCAUAUAAUUAAGUCCUCAAAGUUGAAAGUUAUAUCUUUCAAUUACUACAAUUACAUGCACUCAAGUAUCAUAACUAUGAUCAGUCCUACACAGUCUUACUUCCAACUUGUCAUAUGUUAAAACUUUGACCAGGCCUCAGUAUAUGAUGCCAAAGGUUUCCCUCUUUGCGUCACAUCAUGGCACAA